ACAUCACAAGCUUGCAGUAUCAGGCAUAAAAUCGGUGAAGAUUUUGCCCGACCUCAAAAGUUGCGUUUUAGUUUCGUACAACAGGCCAAUUGUGCACACGAAGUAGAAUGGAGCAACAAGUAGACGCCAUUCUCGACAAAGUAAUGGAAGUGCCUGGUAACGUUGGGUGUAUCCUGGCCAACAGUCAAGGACUCUGUCUAGGCGCCAAAGGUAAUGCAUCAGAGCAUUCUGCCGGAAUCAUCGUUGCCAUUUCAGAUCUAGCGUCGAAGCUAGACCCCAACAGCCCGUCACCUGUGAUUUCACUGGAAUCUAACGAUAAGAUUUGUAUGAUCCAUAAAGACGGAAUCACCGGAGCGAUUUACAAGCAGAAAGGAUCAUCUGUGCACUAAAAGUUGUAAACACAUCGUUUGUUCCUAAGUGUUGGUA